AAAAUUAGAGUCUCAACUCCCAAUAAAUAUGAGACAGGAGAUGUCUGAAGCUCAUUCUGCUCCUGAGCCCACCAGGAACGAAACAGAGCUAGCUCCAUCUUGCCCUCCAUCCACCUUCCAGGAACAGCUAUGAAGUUCCUCUCCACAAGCACCUUCCGUCCCCUUGCCUUCUUGGGGCUGCUCUUGGUAUCAGUUACUGCAUUCCCCACUGCACAAGUUCAGCACGACUUCACAGCUGAUACGACAGAUGAGAUGACUACAGCUGAGAUGACUACAACAAUGCCAAAUAAACCAACAACCUCUGCUUCACAAGUCUUUCAAAUGUUUAUGCGAGUUUACCAGGCUGUCAAGGAACUGAAAAAUGAGAUGAACAAACAUAAUGUUGAAAAGGCAAUUUUAAACAAUCUGGACCUCCCAAAGUUGAAGCUAGAAGAUGGAUGCUUCUUCAAUGGAUACAACUGGGAAACAUGCCAGUUGAAAAUCACCCCUGGUCUUUUCAAGUUCCAGACCUACCUGCAGUCCAUGCAGAACAAGCUUCAGAAUGAGUCUGAAAACAAAAAAGCUGCAAACAUAUACGCUGGUAUCAAAAGCUUGAGUCUGUUCAUGAAAUCUAAGAUAAACAAUACAGAACAGAUGGAAUUCCUGAGCCCAACUCCAGAUGCCACCCUGCUGGAGAAACUGGAGACACAGAGUCAGACUCAGAUGCUUUUGAUAGCUGAAAUCGUCCUUCAGCGCCUUGAAGAAUUUCUGCAGGAUAGUCUGAGGGCUAUUCGGAAAGCAGAUUGGGAAGGCAGAAACUAGUAUCAGUUCAUGGGCAUUUCUUCCUAUGGUCAGAAAACAUGUCCUGUCCACUGAGUAUUUACCUUAUCUUGUUCUCUACGAAGAACUGACUGUAUAAGUGUUAGGACACUAUUUUAUUAUUUUUAAUUUAUUGAUAAUUUAAAUAUUUGAAAUUUGAGUUAACUUAUAUUUGACUGAUAUUUAUAAUUUUAUGAAGUGCCAGUUGAAAUAUUAUAUGUAAUGGUUUUAAAAUUAUAAUAUAUAAUUUGAAAUUAUAAUAUAAAGGUUUUG